CGCUCAGGAGCUUAGGAUACUCCGAAGAAGAAGAAGAAGAAGAAUAGCGUAAAACGAGAUUGAAGGUGGAAUCAAUGGAGAGAGGUAGGAGAUUGGGAUAUGCAAAGAUCUGUAUAUUUCUAAGCCUUCUCCUCAGCUUCGUUCGUCAUCUAUCCGCUCUUUCGAUUACUGUAAACGAAAUGGAAUGCGUGUACGAGUAUGUACUCUAUGAAGGCGAUACUGUUUCUGGAAACUUUGUUGUUGUCGAUCACGACAUCUUCUGGAGUUCAGAUCACCCAGGCAUCGAUUUAAUUGUGACAUCUCCCGGUGGUAAUACAGUGCAUACUUCGAAGGGUAAAUCAGGGGACAAGUUUGAUUUCAAGGCUCCACGAAGUGGAAUGUACAAAUUUUGUUUCCAUAAUCCUUAUUCAACACCUGAGACUGUAUCUUUCUACAUACAUGUUGGCCAUAUCCCCAAUGAACAUAAUCUUGCUAAAGAUGAACAUCUGGACCCCAUUAAUGUCAAAAUUGCAGAACUGAGGGAGGCCUUGGAGUCUGUUACAGCUGAGCAAAAGUACCUGAAAGCGCGGGAGGCACGACAUCGUCAUACAAAUGAGAGCACCCGAAAGAGGGUUAUUUUCUACACCCUUGCAGAAUACCUUCUGCUGGCUUGCGCAAGCACAUUCCAAGUGGUGUACAUCCGCCGUUUGUUUAGCAAAUCAGUCGCAUACAACCGGGUUUGAUAUAAA